CAAAUUGCCACUUCGCCCUCGCCUCUUACGCGGUCAGUUGGCAAAGUUUUACAACAGCAGUAGAGCAAAGCCCGGCCGGCGUGUAAACUACUGACAAGGGGUGUUCGUGACGCGUAAUUAAAAGUCAUCACGGGGUCGACUGCAGUAUCUGCGUCGGGGCGACUCCGGUAGGAAGUGAGCACGCUCCACCACCCACGUGAGUAAUUAAACAUUCUUGUGACUGAGAGGGCUCCGGGAUUGGUUGGCCGUGAUUACGUGGCAGACACUAUGGGUCCACUGUGCAGCGCCGGUAUUAAAAGACAGUCGGGGGAGAACUAACCGGCGAUUUCAAAUUCAGCCAGUGCCGCGAGUUCGGAUUUGAAGUACAUAGCGUGGUUCAGCGCUGGUCGCACUGUGUACCGUCAUCACCGCCGUUUUUCCCCUACCCCGUCGUGCCCUGAUGCUGUUUGUGCACGACGCCGUUGUUCGCCUCCCGCUUCGCUCCAAAAAUGCCUACCCAUGCCAAAGAUCAACCGUCAGUACUGGCCCUCGUGUUGUGCCUGCUCGGCGCCGCGCGCGUCGCCAGCCUACCGCCGGUCCUCUAUCGGGCCCGCGCCGUAACCAGUGGAGCCCACCAGCACCCAGCUAACCCAGGCCGGGCCGCGGACAUCGACAGCCGCAGCAGGGAGGAGAGGCGGAACGAGGCCAUCAUGGAUUCUAUUCUUGUCACCUUGCACAUGGAGGAGCCCCCCUCGCCCGAAGUGAUCGCCCGGGUUAAGGCGAACCUGUCUCCCGAGGAACUCGCAGACGCCCUCAGACAGUAUGAGGACGCAGUACGGGAACAUUCAAUCUCUGAUUCAAUCAUUCCAACAAAAACUCCAAUCCAUCAACCACCCAGGCGGGAGGUCCAUCAAUACCAUUCAAUAGGUUCAUCGAAGGAAAACGUUCACUUUAGUCGACAUUUGAAACCCGUCACAUUGUUUUUCGGUGGGGACGCUGUUUCGUCCAGCCGGCAUGCUAAUGAUGUCGCGGACGCGAAACUCAAAUUGUACCUCCGCCCCCACCCAACCGGUCACGCCCACCGCCGUCGGUCGAAGGCUAAAACGGUAACAUGCUCCGUGUACAUGGUUCGCCGAGAUAACACCUCUACGGCUGAGGUGAGCACAGGACUGCUGGCGGGCAGCGAGGUGGAACUCCUGGACUCCAGGGAACUUUCCAUCUACUCCCCCGGCUGGAAGACGUUCCACAUCUCGCCGGCGGUACGCGCGUGGCUGGACGGGCCCCAGGGCGAGCUGGCCCUGGUGGUGACCACCGAGGGGCGCUCGGCCGAGAAGAUUUUCGACUUGGAGCAAGGCUCAGUGGCAGGCCAGACUGCCGCCGUUCAGCCACGGGUGGAGGUGCUCUACCACGAGGCAAGCCCCGUCUUCAGCCGGGAGAGACGGCAAGCAGGGCAGCACGAUUACGACUGCUCGCUCGGGGACGGAGUCACGACCUGUUGCCGCUACGGGCAGAACGUCAGCUACAGCGAACUUGGGUGGAGCGAUUGGAUCAUACAGCCCUCCCACUACGUCUCGUACCAGUGCGCGGGGGACUGUCCCACCAAUUUCCGUCCGGCCACCGCCUACUCUCGGAUCAAAUCUUUGAUGCACGCCAUCGAUCCCGACGAUUGGAACGCUCCGUGUUGCGCGCCCACAAGAUUUGGGUCGACCGCUUACUUGUUCGUGAACGGCACCGGUGGUCUCGAGAUUGCCGUACAAAGGGACUCUGUGGUGUUAGAAUGUCAGUGUCUAUGAGGAGAACUUCUUUUCAGGUCUUUGCGUUCCAACCGAGCUUUCUGUUGAAAAAAAAAAGAGAAAAACCAUCAGAUUUGAGCUGUUGAGCUUCAAUUUUAUUAACUGUAGAAACACACACUAUAUUGUAUGAUAAAUGCAUUUUAAACUAAGUUAUUUAUAUGUUUGUCUGACGUAAGUAGUUCAAGGCAUGUAAUGCAAUCUUUAAUUAAAACGUAAGGCAGCUUGACAGAACUUGCAGUGUAAAACUUGCACGUAAAAUGGGUAAAGAUCGGUCGUCCUAAAAUGUUAUUAGGAACAAAGGUUGUAAUCUGUGCGACAACUACGUUCGAGAUACUCUGCGUUUCGAUCAUCUCUGUCGUCCUUAUUAUGCGCUAGGAUAUGCUGAUUUUUCGGGAUGCAUGACGUAAUUUUUUGGAAUUCUCAUUGGAUAAAAGUUUUCGGAACAAAAACGCAGGGUCGACCCUUUUUGCGUGGGCCGUGACACGUGCGCACAGGAUGACGUGCAUUGAACGAGGUAGCAGGUUUCACACAAGGCUUAGCGGCCUUUGUUCUUCCUUCACAACUUUCUGUGGAUGUUAUACAAAUACAGUAUGGUUUGAGGGGAAGUAUUUGGAAUUACUGGUCCCUUGGAGAAGGUCAGCUCGACUACCUCCCGACGCGAAGCGGAGGAAGUUAGUCAAACUGACCUACACCGAGGGACCAGUAAUUCUCACUGUUUUCCCGAAAUAAACCAUGCUGCUUUUUUUUUUUACUACACUUCAUAAAUAUUCAAACAGAAAUCUGACGUUACUUGUACUUACAGACACUCACAGAUAGUGGAGUGGAGUCUGGUGCUGACAUACGUUUUGGAUCUUUACUGUAAUAGUUAUUAGGAUACUACUCCAGACUGGUUCCGUAAAGAUUACAUAACACAGACUACAUAUUUACGCGGCAGGUUCUAGAGGGAUUUUUUGAUGCUACCAGAAAAAAAAAAAA